AGCUGAGUUUUGCAGUGCAAAAUUUAAAUCACGCGGGAUCUUACUAUUUAAAACAGAACCAGGAGAUGAACAACUUUGUUGUGGGCAAUUUCACUGAGUUCGUCAGUACCAAACAAAGGCCAUACAAAAAGCUGCACAGCAUUCGAAAUGAAACCGAUGGUGCUCUCCGAGUCAAAUUAUCGCAAGGAGGAUUCAAUACAGGAUGAAGCGUACCAGAGCAAUAUUUACGAAGAACGAAUGAGUAAACUGACCGUUAAAGAAGUUUUGGCAACAUCGACUGCCUGUUCGGCUCUGUAUCGUUUGGGUAUGCCAUCGGCUAUAGUUCACCUAUGUUAAAACAAUUGAAACAUGAUUUCCAUUGGGGUGAUACAGAACUAACAUGGUUUAAUUCCAUUUUAUGCCUGGGAGCAUUGAUCAGCGCCUUGAUUGCCCGCAUCACUGUUGAAAGAUUUGGUCGAAAAUUUAACAUUAUGUUGUGUACUCUUCCUCUUUGUGCAUCCUGGGUGUUGAUUGGAAGCGCCCAAGGGACUUGGAUGGCUUUCAUCGGACGAUUUUUGACCGGAUUUGGUCUUGGAAUCGAGACAACUUCAGUUCCGACUUACAUCGCAGAAAUAGCUCCGGCAAAAUAUCGCGGUUCUUUGUCAAAUAUGAAUCAACUGGGUGUAACAUUUGGUUUUCUCUUGGCUUACGUGACUGGUGCGUUUGUUUCAUGGUGUUGGUUGGCCAUAGUAGCUAUAUUUCCUGCUGCCUUGAUGGCUAUCUUUAUGAUGUUUUCUCCAGAGACACCACGUUGGUUGAUACAGCAUGGUAAAAUGCACGAAGGCUGUCUUGCGCUUCUUUUUCUUAGAGGAACCUCCUACCGCGAGUGCCAGCUGGAAGCGGAAGAAAUAAGAGCGACGUUAGACACUUACGAGCCAAUGACGAUGGGUGAAAUCAAAAAACCAUCGGUGUAUCGACCGUUGUUGAUCGCCUCCAUUCUAAUGGUCUUUCAACAGUUUAGUGGAAUAAAUGCAGUCUUUUCAUACGCUAGGAUCAUGUUGGACGAUGCCGGAAUAUCGAAUCCUGAAGUUGCUGAGAUUUCGCUUACUGUAAUGCAAAUUAUUGCCACUGCUGUUUCUUGCUUAAUUGUGGAUAAAGUUGGCAGAAGAAUUUUGCUCAUUGUUCCAGGGGCUGUAAUGUCUAUAAGCAUGGUAAUGUUGGGAGUUGGUGAACAUUACAAAAAAAUUCCCAAAGAGUUCACUAUGGUAUUUCUAUGUCUCUACAUCAUUGGCUUCUCCAUAGGCUGGGGACCACUCCCCUGGACAGUAAUGUCCGAAGUACUUUCGACGAGGAUCAGGGCAAGGGCGACUAGUCUCGCGACUGCCAUCAAUUGGCUGUGUAAUUUUCUUGUAGUGAAAUUCUACGUGAGAAUGAAAAUUUCGUUCGGCGUUAGUGGUCUUUACAUUUUCUAUUCUUCUGUGUGCUGUUUAUCUGCUGUUUACGUGUUUUUCGUCCUACCAGAAACCAAAGGUAAAACAUUGGAAGAGGUAGAAAAACUCUUCAAGGGCAGGCGUAAGGGUUUGCUAGCUCAUGAAGAUUCCAGUUCACCGUACGGUACUGCUUAAUAAUUUUUCAACCGUAAGAAAGAUAGAACGCGUCGAAAAUGUUUUAUUCUUGUUGCAUUUAUUUAUGUCAAUGUUGUUUGUUUCAAGUAAAAGUUUUGUAUAAUGUUCCAUAGAACAUGGUGGUUCCGAGUCAAAAUUACAAAUGAGUCAAAAAAAUAAGAGAAUUAUGAUAUGGCCAUGCUAUGAUUAUCACAUUCAAUGUGUAACCAUUCCAUUGUUAUUUAUUCUAAUUAUAUUAUUAUACUAUUAAAAAUUUGCUUCAAGA